GUGAGGAGUGUUUGUUGGCAAAUGAAUAAUCUGGGUGGGAUGGAACCGGCCGAAGAGCUGUUUGACAAUAUCUCGUUUUCUUCCGUCUCAAACACUUCUCGCCUUGGAGAUUUUGAAAAAGCAAUUCGCUUCGAUCAAGCUCGCGAUGCCGACAUCCCGCCGAUGGAGGAGCGGCAAGACUAUUUUCAAAGGAGUCGCCCGCUUUCGCAGCCACGGCCACUCAAUCCCGAGCUGGAUGUUCACAUGAAUUUCUCUGACUACUAUACUCCAUCAUUUCAACCCAUUCCAGAAGCGGCACAGGCUCCACCGAUCAAUCGUUCCUCUGUGCCCAUUCCGCAGUAUGCGCCCUACAGACCGGCAAAAAACCAAAUGCAGUUGGCGGUGAUUCCAUCUUCCGAUGAUUCCGACUCUUCCUCCCUCGAUGUUCUUACAAACGGGGAAGAUCCGCAAAAAUACCAAAGCAGCUUCGCCUUGCAGCCGAGCAUUAAUUCUUUUUUGGAGGAAUGUGGCCUCCCUCCAUUGGCUUUUGAUCAAAUGACAUACGAUACGAAGGAUUCGAUCUACCAAUCCUAUAUACAAAUGCUGGCAACUCGCUUCGUCGAAUUGCGCAAUGGAGCCCAGGCUUCGCAGAGCGUCCAGGACCAGCCAGCUCUUGAAAUGUUGAGGGAGGUAAACGAGACUGUAAGCGGAAUCAUUCAUUCGAACUCGCUGACUUCGCAUGUUCGCUUGAUUGACAAUGUUCGCCACAUCGGUCGCCGAUUAAAGAAGGACGAGAAAAUGGCCAAGUCGCUGAACGAAAUGAUGACCAUCAUGUAUUUGAGGGCUCGUUGUUUUGAAUCAAAGUGAAAAUGAUGAUACCAAACCACCCGUCAUCGAAGACCUCAAAACGAUGGAUAAGGAGUUUGAUCAACGCCUGGAAAGUGAUUUCAAGAAGCUGAUGCGUAUGCGGACAUACAAAGCGCGCUAUAAAGAGAUUCUGGUGUUGCUAGUGAAUCUUUUUUAUCUCUAGUUUCUAAAAUACAAGGUUGUGGAAUUGCUUAAUCGACAGCGAGAAGAUAAAAUAGAUCAGUUUAUUGAAGUAGACAAGCUGAUUCCGAUCGUGGAGAAGCACAAGUUUCCCCUGAGUCGAAUUAGGGAGAUUCUUUCAAGUCGAGCGUUCACUCCCGAAUGGAAAAUUCGCGAACUCAGAGAUUUAUUUUCGGUUU